GUGGAGAGUAGGCAACGCGCUUGAGGAUGCCAUGGCGACCUCGAGGAUGCCAAACCCUAAUGCUAAAUGCUCCUCGAUCUCCUCAUCCGCUUCUCAGAUCCUUAUGUUGGAACCUUUGGUGUCGACCUCUCCGACGAGGAAAGCGAACGCCGUCUUCGUAGCAGGAGGUCGCUGCGUAGCAGCAGGAAGAGGGAGUUUUCGUUUGAAUUGGAUUUGAUCGUGGGCCGAGGGGAAGAUUCGUGCCACGGGUUUUCAGGAUGGUGGUGUUGUGCUGGAUCAUGGAGCUGGGAGGACAAUCUUUUGUCCGCUAAACUUUUUGAUGCUUUGCCAUCUUUCAUUCUGACGUGUCCUCGGUGUUGUAAUGAGCUGGAUUUUUGACACCAUCAGAAUCUAGGGUUUUGGAAGUAAAUUAGUUUUUUUCCAGAUGGCCAUAAUUAAGAACUUCUAUAAAAAAGUAUCACGAGGUAACUUUUUCCAAUGAUUUCUUGUUUAUGCUUACCACCUGCCUAAAUAUCUAAUCACGUCUGUUCUACUUCUUUGUGAACCACCUGCUUGCCAGUGAUAUUUGGAACUGUUCCGUGAUUCUAUGGUUGUCUAAUUUUCUUCUGCAGAUCGUUCAAUUCUUUGAUUCCCACUUAUUUGCUAUAUCUUGAAGCUAUUGGUUGAUGCUUCCCGUUGAAACUAAUGUGUCUCUUCGACCAGGGUCUUUUAUUGUUCUUGUUUGGAGGUGAUUUCUAGUGUACUUUUAAAGUUACUUCUUCACUCACUGCCUUCUACUGAUAGAACUGUGUUUUCUUGUACCAUACACAUAUGGAGUUGCUCUGUUCAUAGACUUCUCUAUAGCUAUAUUUCUGAAAUAUAGGUUCUUUUGUUUUUUGGGUUGGGAGUGGGAGUUUUGUUUUUGUUUGUCUCGGACCUGUUUGAGGAGCUCUGUUGGCUUUUUUUUUUUUUGAAGUGUAGAAUUCAUGUAUGUGUGAAUUAUGGAUAACAAAACCUCUUCUAGGGUCAAACCUACAGAACUCAGACAUGAGUUGAUCUGCCUUUUGGAUGCAGCGGGUUUCUUCACCUGAUGAAGGAAUUUAGUGACUCAAAUCCGAGAAUUAAUGCUGAUUUCUCUCUUAAAUAUAGCAUUUUGCUGUUUAAAGGAGAAUAUAUUGUUUUACUGAUGUUUUUGGCAAGAAGCGGAAUUAUUGUGUUAUCUUUCGGAUGUCAGCCAAUUGGAGUUUCCAUCACAUGUGAGAAACAUAACUCGCUGGUCUACAAUCUCGUGAGAAACAUAACCCGCAUUUCACGAAUUGUUUUUAUGCAUUUCUUUCUCUGUGAGAAACAUUACUCGAAGGGUUGUAUUCUCACUCUGGUUCCUUUCCCGGGCGGCUGCCAAUAUCGGUCGGAGUGUUGCUAUUGCGAGCAGUUAUGCAAGCCAGGUGAACAACACUACAAUGGUUACUACGAACUGUAGCCAAAGCAGAGUUACCUCACAUGAUUGUUAACGUGUUGGAUUGCUACCGUAGAGCUGCUCAGCAGAAUGUUCCGGAAAUUAGCUUACAUCAUGAACACUUGCAAAUUCAAUCAUGUGGAGCGGGGGAUCAAAAUAUCGCGUCUCGGCUUUGUAGAAAGAAAGUCUGUCUUGGGAUAAUUUUUUUGAAAAAGAAAGAAGCGAUGAGUGGAGAGAGGGAGGGAAAAAGUGGUGGGAUGUGCUUUGUAUGGGAAGAGAGAGAGAGAGAGAGACGGGAGGACGGAGGAAUGACGAAGGCGAGGGAUGGAGGAAUAGAGAGCGGAAAAAAAAUGUAAACAGAUGAUAUCAUCAGCAGCAAACGAAAAAGGUUUUUUUUUAUAAGUCA